AUGGCGUACUACGAGGAUCGCCAUUAUCGCGAGCCCCGCGACCGCUACACACGCCCCGCCAGUUAUGCCGAUCCGUAUGAUGACCCUCGUGGCCAUUAUCGAAGACACGAGCGAGACUCAUACAUACCCCGCGCUAGCACCGACUCGGUCGAGGAAGUCCAGCGCGACUACCCACCAGGCUCAGACUAUGCCUACGAGCGCUCUUAUGCUUCUCGACGGCCGAGACGACCCGUGUACGAAAAUGUGCGCCGUGCUUCCUCGGUAAGCGGUUACGAUCCACACAACGAUGCUUCCUACCGACGCUCCGAUCCUCGUCGGUCAAGACACUACGAGGAUAAACGCUCUCGUCGCCCAAAAUACGAUUCAGAUUCUUCUCCAAGUCGCUCUCCACCCCGCAACAGACGUCGCAAGUCAUUCAGCGAGCAAGCCCUGGGUGCCUUAGGCCUCGGGGGUGCCGCUGCUUCGGCCAGUCGCGGAGAACGUGGUCGCGGCCGUUCCCCGUCCCACCAUCGCCGUAGAUCAUAUUCAAGGUCGCCAUCAGAUUCACGCAGUCGCAGCCGCUAUCGCGGCAGCAAACGUGAUGGAGGCAGCAAGCGCGAUAAAAGCGAGCAGCGCAUUAUACAGGCUGCUCGUGCCGCCUUGACAGCCGGCGCAGUUGAGGCUUUCAAACAGCGCAAAGAGCCUGGUGACUGGGCCGGUGCGAAAGGAAAGCGCGUCCUCACUGCUGCUGUGACUGCUGGUGGAACUGACGGCCUUGUCGAUAAAGAUCCUAGCAAGCACGGAAAACGUCAUGUUAUCGAGUCCACGCUUGCAGGUCUGGCUGCCAGUCACUUCGUGGGUGGCGGUUCUCGCUCACGAUCUCGUGGCCGGGACGGUGGUCACUCUUCAGGUGGUGGUCUCAAGAACCUCGCUGCCACUGGAGCUAUUGCUGCUGCAGGAAAGGAAAUCUUCGAUCGAUACUCCAAAUCGCGUUCUCGGCCUCGCGGCCGCAGCGAUUCCCGUGGCAGUGAUUCAGAGCGUGGAUCCCACAAGCGCAGCAAGAGCGUUUCAGAGUACCUCAGCAAGGGCAUGGCCGCCUUGGGGCUUGGAGAACAAGAAGAAAGUCGUCGCGACAGCCGAGACGGUCGUAAGGAUCAUCAUCGGGAGCAUCGUCGGGAGCAUCGGGACGACCGAGAACGGCGUCAUCACCGGGGCCAUCGAAACGACGACUACACGGAUUCAGAUGCGGACAGCGAUUAUUACAACCGGGACUCGAGACGGGGCAAAGGCUCGAGAGAUGUAGGUCGAUACCGUUCAUUGGACGGCAGAACUCCACCCCCAUAUGCACCCAGCGCAGCGCGCGGUGAACCGCGUGCCGGUUCUAAAGACCGCCACGGGUCGAGCUCCGAGAGUGAUUCUGACCUAGGUGACAGUUCUGAUGAGAUGAAGAAACGCAAGAAGCUGAAACGGGAUAUGCUUAUGACGGGAGGUCUGGCUAGCGUGGCUACCAUCCACGCCGCGCACGGUCUUUACGGUAGCAUGGAGAAGAGGAAAGAGCGGAUGCAGCAGUUGAAAGAGGGAGAGAUUACGCCUGAGGAGGCUCGCAAACGACGAUUGAAAGCUAACACCAAAGACGCUGUGAGUAUCGGUCUUGCUGCCCUCGGUAUCAAGGGCGCCUAUGGUGAAUGGAAGGAGGUUAUGGAGAAACGAAAGGAAACUGCGCAUUUCCAGGAGGAAUGUGCUCAGCGGGCUGUCAAACGUGAGCGUCGUCGUGCUCGUAGCCAGGGUGCGCCUUCUCGGCGUCAUCGCUGGCCUGAUGAGAUUGAAUAUGCGCCUUCGAUCAACGAAUCUCGGAACGACCAUGCCCCUGUUUAUCGUGAUGGGAAUCCUUAUGGGGCACAUGAGGCGGCGCAGAUCUCUUACUAG